GGUAGGUGUGAAAAUUAUAAUUCGAAUCUUCUACUAUAUAGUAAGAGUAUCAUAGCCCUUAACAUCUACAAUUCACAACAUUUUUAUUUUUCAAUAAACUAUCAUCCAACCCACCAAAUGGCAUCAACAAAAGAAGAGAAUAUAGUGCAAUAUGGACCCUAUGGAAAUCAACUCCAAGCAUCACUAUUCUCGAUGAAAAUUGAUGGAGAUGAAGUUAUAAAAGAAGUGAUAAUAAGGCAUGGAUAUUGCGUUGAUGCAAUUGGUUUUCUUGUAGGUGGUAAGACUGUCUUAAGUGGCGGCUUACGAGGAACGGAAUCUAAGAUAGUGCUGAAUGAUGGAGAAUACAUAACAAAAAUAAGUGGAACUUCUGGAGAAUAUUUGAAUGCUAAUAACAAUCGUUUGAUCUCCUCUUUGAUGAUACAUACAAAUUUUUGUCCGGCUGGAUAUGGACCUUUUGGAUCUAAACUAAACAGCAAAAAUUUAAAUGUUUUUUCAUCUCCAGACAAUUUGGAGGGUCGUUUUGCUGGUUUCUUUGGAAGUGCCCCUGGCUACGUCUUUUCUCUUGGCAUCUAUGUUGAAAAGGCAUCACUCACUGAGUGAUUUGAAGGCAAAUCUAAUUAAGAAGACGGUUAUGUUGUGCUGUGCCCUUUGUUUCAAUGCAUUUGUAAUUUCCUUUCAUGCUUGUUUUUCAUUCAAUAAGCCAUUCGAGAUGUACUAUAAAUAUUGAAUGGCCCUAAGCCCUUUCCUUCGAUUAUGAUUUGUUGUUGCAUCUACC